AUGGGAACGGGUUCGGGAAAUAAUGCAGCUGGAGGAAAAGCAGGAGGAAGAUGUGGCGCCCAGCGUGGGGCAGGAGCUGUAACUGGGGCACGACCUAGUAUUAAAGGCGCUCGCCAGGACACAACAACCACACCGACAACAACAACCGCAACCACUCAACAAUUUACUAAGCAAAAUCCUUUUGCUGCCUCCCGGCAACGUAACAGAAACAGUAACAGUAACAAUAGUAGCAGUAACUUUAACCUUAUUGUAAGCAGUAAAAGUAGUAGCAUCAUCAGCAGCAGCAACAGCCACAGAAAUGUUAAAGAGACUGUUACCAAACAGAGGCAGAGGGAAAAGAUUGUAAAUUAGUAAGAGUUUAACAAACAAAAAACAAGAAACAAAAAAAGAAAAUUAUAUACCAAGCAGACCUAAACAAAUUUUGUAUUUUUGAGAUAUUUAUGAUUUUAUUUCAAAUUCAACCAAACCUCUCUUUCCAAGCUUCAAACGCCAACAACCAACCACAACACAUAUAGCCACUGUAAUUAAAUGCAAAGGAAAAGUA